GAGUCGGCUCUGUCGCUUCUCUCUCUCUCUCUCUAUUCAUUUCUUUUUCUUUUUCUUUUUCUCCGUCGCCCUGUCUCUCUCUCUCUGCGACGGUCAAGGCGUCCAGUCACGCGUGGCCACCGUAGUCUCAAUAGCCACAACCAGCGGCCUCCGCAGAUUGCAUAACUUUGCGGGCGUUCAUUUUUUUCCUUGGCAGAUUUUUUGCUUCCAAGAAAAGCAAUGCCAGCACAGAAGCGCUUGUUCGACGCACAAGAAGAGGAUGCUUUACACGGCGAGAGGAAUCGCCAUGAGAAGCCAGAAGAUGGAUUGGAAUCUGAUCGAAGCCCUUCGGAGAGCACUGGCGACAAAGAAGAGUUUGUUGUUAUAAAAUUGUCAGAUGUACGCAAGGAAGUUCAGUGCCCUAUCUGCCUAGGCAUUAUUCGAAAAACAAGAACCGUAAUGGAAUGCCUGCACCGCUUUUGCAGAGAGUGUAUAGACAAAUCCAUGCGCCUCGGCAACAAUGAAUGCCCUGCCUGCCGCACACAUUGUGCUAGCCGACGCUCACUGAGAGAUGACCCAAACUAUGAUGCCUUAAUUGCUGCACUCUAUCCAGACAUAGACAAGUACGAGCAGGAGGAAUUGGCUCUGCAUGACGAUGAAAAAGCUCGCAAUAAGCAGAUCCAAGAAUCUAUUGCUCAGACUCUUCAACGACAAACAGAAGCGCUGGGUAAGAAACGCAAUGCCAAAGCGAUUACAAGGAGGUCACAAGGUAACUAUAGAACUUUGCAAUUGAGGGUAAGAAGAAAUUGUAGAAGUACGAUUGAACUUCAGGGAUCUGAUGACACUGAGGACAUGAAUGAUGAUGAUGGGGCCAAGGGUUCUUCUUCUGGUGAUGAGUUGAUAGAAAUCAAGUCAAAAAGAUGUAAAAAAGGGGCGGAAGCACAAUUUCCUCUGCACUCUGCAACCACUGUUGCAGAUGGUGCCGGUGAUGAAAAUGUUCCUGAAGUGAGUAGAGAAUUCUUGAGUCCUUCUAGUACAUUUGCCUGGGGAAAAAAUGGCCACCGGAGUCACACCCGAGUCAAUGGCAAGAAUGCCAGAAAUAGUCGCCUUGCCAAAUUGAUUGAUAAUCUCCGUAGCUUAGAAGAAAAUGAUGAUGAGUUGGGUGUCUCCCUCAUGCUUGUGCCUUUUGAUGAGAAAAGAAUACCAAGUUUGCAGCAGCCAUACCUCUACUGCAGACCUACAUUGUCUGUCAGGCACCUGUGCCAGUAUGUUGCCCUUCAAACAGCUGUACAGGCUGAUGAGGUUGAGAUAUGCUUGGUAAAAGAGCAGCAAGCCAACUUUAUUAGAGCUGCAGGCUCAGUAGAUAUACCCAAAGAUAAUUUGCAACUGUUGAGAGAGCAGGAAACUUUGGCCGAACUUAAACCUGAUAAUUUUAGCUUUGGCCAUCUGCUUAUGGCAUAUAAGAGGAGGCUGUUGAAUUCAACUGCGGCUGACUUGAGGUGAAUGACGUGCAAUCAUCACCCAGACCAAUUCUCGGCUCCAUGCAUAAUUUUACUAAUAGUAAACAGUAAUUAGUCUCAGGCAGUUUCAUUGUUCGUCUUCCCCCCCCCCCUUCUUUUCUCGUUCCUUUAAAAUUUCCCUCAUACUGUAGAAGAGCUGAAAUUAGUUUGUAUAGUGCACAGAAAAUGAGAAUCUCAAAUGUUCCUACGUUAAUUUGACACACUUCAGGUUUGCUUACAA